AAAACGAGUUCCAGACGAAACCCAAGUUCUCGGAUCAAAACGACGAAGACGAUGGCAACGACGUCGUUUCGCCCAUACGCCGUCGUUUCGCUUCUCAUCAUCUUCUUCAUCCAACCGUCGAUCUCAAUCUACUGCGACGAAGAUGAUUGCUACGAUCUACUAGGGGUUUCGCAAAAUGCGAAUUCAUCUGAAAUCAAGCGAGCGUACUACAAGCUCUCGUUAAAGCAUCAUCCUGAUAAAAAUCCAGAUCCUGAAUCGAAAAAAUUGUUUGUUAAGAUUGCGAAUGCUUAUGAGAUAUUAAAAGAUGAAGUAACAAGAGGGCAGUAUGAUUAUGCAAUUGAGCAUCCAGAGGAGGUAUUCUACAAUACAGCUCGCUAUUAUCAUGCUUACUAUGGUCACAAAACUGAUCCUCGUGCUGUUUUAGUGGGACUUCUUCUAGUCCUCUCGGGAAUUCAAUAUCUGAAUCAAUGGACAAGGUAUCAUCAGGCUAUUGACAUGGUUAAGAGAACGCCAGCUUAUAAAAAUAAGUUGAAGGCAUUGGAACUGGAACGCACGGGGGCAAUUUCAAGCAAAAAGAAGGGUGGUUACAAGAUCGACAAGAAAAUGCAGGAAGAUAUUAGCAAGGAACUUGAACUGCAGAUAAAAGGUGCUGAAAAGCCAUCGGUGUGGGGACUUCUUGGUGUUCGUUUUAUACUCUUGCCAUAUACUCUUGGAAAGUUACUUUUAUGGCAUGGAUGUUGGUACUGGAGGUACAAGAUAAACAAAACUUCGUAUUCCUUGGAAGACGCCUCUUAUUUGACCAGACGCGCUCUCGGGGCAUCUCGUGAUUCAUGGGAAUAUCUUGAUGAAUCAACCAAGAAAGAUCUCAUCGACCGACGGUUAUGGGUGAAGUCCAACUUAGAGAACUACCUUUUGGAGAUGCGAAAAGAGUCAAAGCGAAGAAGAUAAACAAACUUUAAGUCAAAGGUUUGACUUCUGAUAUCACAAACUGGAAUUAUAUUAUAGAAGACUAAAGAUUAGAUCCCAUCAUUUUACUUUACAAUUUUUUAAUCAAGAAAUACCAUGGAACUUACUAAGCAAACUCUAGUCUAAUAUGCUUUUAUAGCUACUCUUUUUGUAAGUUUAUACCAAUAUCGCAGUGCCUCGAUCCCAAAUUUGAGUUUUUUUAUUGUUCUAGAUUAUCCAUUAUUGAAAUAAACAAAUGUUAAGAGAAA